AUGCAGUUCCCCACGGGCCCCGCCUGCAUCUUCCUGCGGAAAAGCAUCGCUGAGAAGCAGCGGGAAAGACCACUCGGACAAGAUGAGAUCGAAGAGCUCCGGGAGGCAUUUCUUGAGUUCGACAAGGACCGAGAUGGGUUCAUCUCUUGUAAGGACCUGGGAAAUCUCAUGAGGACAAUGGGUUACAUGCCCACGGAGAUGGAACUGACUGAACUGGGCCAGCAAAUCCGCAUGAACUUGGGCGGCCGCGUGGACUUUGACGACUUUGUGGAGCUGAUGACGCCCAAGUUGCUGGCAGAGACGGCGGGGGUGAUCGGCGUCCAGGAGCUGAGAGAUGCCUUCAAGGAAUUUGACAGCAACGGGGACGGGGCCAUCACCCUGGGGGAGCUGCAGCAGGCCAUGCGGAGGCUGCUGGGGGAGGAGCUCAGCGCGCGGGAGCUCGCUGAGGUGGUCCGGGAAGCCGAUGUGAAUGGAGAUGGCACCGUGGACUUUGAAGAGUUUGUGAAGAUGAUGUCUCGCUGA